AAAAGGUUCACUAUUAUUUAUUCUGCCGUACGAGAGUUCGUGUUAAAAUUAUUAUUUCGCAGUCGUGUUUUUAGUUUUUAUCGAAUACAUUAAACCGCAAGUAAAUUAUACAGUGUGUGUUACAAACUAAUAAAUAGUUAGUGAGUAUUAAUUGAAUCGAGAACUAGUUCAAAAACUGUAAUAACAAUAUUCAAAAUGAAUAAAAGCUGUGCACGGUGCAAUAAAAUUGUUUAUCCAAUUGAGGAAUUAAAGUGUCUUGACAAGACAUGGCACAAAACAUGUUUCAAAUGUCACGAGUGUGGAAUGACCUUAAAUAUGAAAACUUACAAAGGAUUUAAUAAAUUACCAUAUUGUGAAGCGCAUAUUCCUAAAGCUAAGGCUACAGCUAUAGCCGAUACACCUGAGUUGAAACGAAUAGCUGAAAAUACAAAGAUUCAGUCAAACGUUCAAUACCAUGCCGACUUUGAAAAGCAGAAGGGGAAAUUAACGCAGGUCGCUGAUGAUCCAGAGACCCUGAGAAUUAAGCAAAACACAAAACACAUUUCAAAUGUCGAGUACCAUGGUGAUUUAGCUAAGAAAGCGGCUAUGGAAAAACAGCGCGAAGUAACUGAAGUUGCUGAUAAUCGAGACAAUGAAUCUGAAUACUUCUCUGAAACGUUAGCGGCCGAAUCACUAUCACAAUAUCAACAACCAUCGACGCCGUCACCAACUCAGCCAAUACCACCACCCUCACAAAACAAUCAUUCACAACUUCCAUCACCCAUCAAUCAGCCACAAUCAGCUCCGGUGCUCGUACCAAACAAUUCACAAUUGUACGCAUCACAAAAUAGUCAUCAGCAUAAACAACAACAACAACAACAAGUAAACCAACAAAAAUACCAACAACAACAACCACCACCACAACAACAACAACAACCAUACCAAGCACAAAAUAAUCAUCAUAAUAAUCCCAACAAUUAUCAGUCACAAAAUUAUGCGCAACAAAAUAACAUUCGUAGUACCAUUUUGCAAAGUGCUCACAAUCCCUCAGGUAGUGUUGUUGCGGCACAGCAUCCCAAUCAUCAACCGAAAUACUACGAUCAAUAUGACAAUUAUGCUCGACCGAACGCACAAAAUCUACAGUAUCAACCACAGCAGCAACAGCAGCACAAUAACAACAAUCCGAAUGCUGUCUAUCACAAUAACCACUACACCGCCGUCGACGGCCACGGACAAUAUCAACAGCAUCCACAUCAUCCACAAGCGCACCAACAACAACAUCAACAAAAUCGAGGUGCUGGCUACAAUAACGCUCACUAUAAUCCAAUGGCAUUGUCAUAUAGUGCCGCAGAGAUGCCUGGUGUCGGUGGAAUCGGAAAGAUUUCCGACUACGAUCCACUGACCGAUGGACCUCGUAACGUGCCGAACGCAACGCGACCAACAUCAACAUUGAUAUUUAGUUCUGAUCGUGGAAUGGUGAGCAAUUCGCAAAAUCGACGAAUCGGAUCAAUAAAUGACAUUGACCCUGCAAAUGGAAUCUACGGUUCGAUCGACCAGAAUAAUUACCCGAAUAAUUACCAACAGCAACAGCAGCUUCAACAACAGCAAACACGGCAAAGUCAACAGUAUGCUGCUCAUCAUCAACCUCAGCAGCAGCAGCAACAACAGCCACCACCAUCGCAUAAAUCGAAAUUGCGAGCCUUUCGCGCUAUAUACGACUACGAAGCACAGGAUUCUGACGAAGUCAGCUUCUCCGAGGGCGAUAUAAUCUUUGAAGUGGAAUCAAUCGACGCCGGAUGGAUGACCGGCAAAGUGGAACGUUCGGGCAAAACGGGAAUGUUACCAGCCAAUUACGUUGAACCGGCAUUGAUUUAGAUGAAGAUUACGGAAAAGGAAAAAAAAAUAAACCCAAGCAUUUCUAACUAAAAAUCGAUUUUCGUAGAACCAUUUUUUAUAUGAAAAACAUUUUUUUGGAUACGACAAGAACGUUGUAAUAGAGAGUUUGCCAGUCAUAAAAGAAAAUUAAUCGUAAAAAUUAUGAUAAUAAUGUCUAAAAUAGCAAAUAAUUAAUUAAGAGAAAUCAUAUAAAUAUCAGCGAAAUAAUGAAAUUAAUGCAGCUAUUUAUCCAAUCAUCUAUCGAUGUUUAUUUGAUUAAAACUUUUUCUUUUCUUAAUUUAUAUGAAUGAAAAAAAAACAAAAGCAAAAAAGGAAAAAAACACUUUUGAACACACAACAAUUAGAAUAACCAAUAAUGAACUUGUAUUUUGUAUAGAUUUUGUUAUCUACUUAUAGAUUAGGGGUUGAAUUUUUAAGCGCAAUUAUUGAAACCAAGAUGUUAGUUUGAAUAUAAAAUUCAAUAAUUUAUAUACAUAUGGAUCAAGAGAUACUUUGAGAGGAAGGGAAGUUGAUUUGAUUUUACACUUAAAACAACAUUACACGGAUCUAAGUGGAAACAAUUAUUUUUUUUUGUUUUAAUUUUUAAUUUUCAUUUAACUACUUUUUACGUUUAAGUGUAAAAAUUGGAUAUAAAAAUUAAUUUACGACAAAAUGAAAAA